AUGUUCUUCGCAUCAAUCCUUGCUUUGGCCGCCGGUCUACCUUCCGCCCUCGCUUGUUUGGGUUACGAGGGAGGCCUUCCCGUUGCGACCGGUACAACUACAGUCAGCGCUCCUAUUGAGGUCGCCGCUGGGCAAGUCUACGAUGGUGGAUGGAGGAAGUUCCAACGCACAGGAUAUACCUGCAAAAACCAAGAGGAGGGCGGGACUGACAAGCCUCCGGUUACAGGCAGCGCAGACACCAUGUUCAUUCUCCGCAAAGGCGCAACACUGAGGAACGUCAUCAUUGGUCAGAACCAGGGUGAGGGUGUUUACUGCUACGGAGGAUGCAAUUUGGAGUUUGUCUGGUUUGAAGAUGUUUGUGAGGAUGCUAUUUCGAUUAGAGAUGAUGGCCCCAACGACCAAACCUGGAUCGUCGGCGGAGGAGCCUAUCACGCUUCCGAUAAGAUCAUCCAACACAACGGUUGCGGAAAAGUCAAUGUAAUCAACUUCUACGCCGAAGAUUACGGAAAGGUCUACAGAGCCUGCGGUACUUGCACUGCUUGCAAGCGUACUGUAUACCUAGAGGGCGUCACUGCUCGGGAUGGUGGUGAGGUUGCCGGAAUCAAUAUAGGAGAUUCGGCGACACUGAAGAAUAUUUGUACGGAUGCGAAGACGCCGUGUCAGUUGUAUAGUGCGCCGGGUGUGAAGGCUGGCGCUUGCUAG